UCGGCACGUCACCGCUGAUUUGUAUCGUGACAAAUGGACAUACAGCUUGCACGUACAUAGACGACAUUUUGCAAUUACUUAGAUCCUUCCAACAUAAUAUGCUUAAUAUUAAAUUUUAACGCGUAUGGACUAUCGUGUUAUAUGAGUGAGGUGUUUUGAGAUGUUCGUAUAUUUUUUAUAGUUAAGUGCACAACAAGGAUAUAUUAGUCAAGAAAUCAUGGCUGCAUCACAUAUAUUAAGCGCAGUGGAGCCUACGGUCGGUGGAGCUUCCAGGGCGGGAAGAGAAAGAGAAGUCAACGUGGCGUUAGACGACAGGGAGUUGUGGGUGCGGUUCCAGACUCUUACUAACGAAAUGAUCGUUACUAAGAACGGACGACGUAUGUUUCCCGUUGUAAAAGUUACUGCCAGUGGGUUGGACCCGACGGCGAUGUAUACAGUUCUCCUCGAAUUUGUGCAAGUGGACACUCACCGCUGGAAAUAUGUUAACGGAGAGUGGGUUCCCGGUGGUAAAGCAGAAGUUCCACCAUCUAAUGCAAUCUACAUACACCCGGAAAGUCCUAAUUUUGGAGCUCAUUGGAUGAAGGAACCAAUAUCAUUUGCUAAAGUUAAAUUGACGAACAAAACCAACGGAAAUGGACAGAUAAUGUUGAAUUCUCUACACAAAUACGAGCCAAGAGUACAUCUAGUGAAAGUCGGUACGGAUCUUCGUCGUAUCAUGACAUAUCCGUUUCCAGAAACACAGUUCAUAGCUGUGACGGCCUACCAGAACGAAGAAGUGACUUCACUUAAAAUUAAAUAUAAUCCUUUUGCGAAGGCCUUCUUAGAUGCAAAGGAACGCCCUGAAGGUUAUUACCAGAGGGAUUUCGUUGGGUCACAUUAUCCGCAGCAAAGUUCUUCACCUCAUCAAUAUCCCCAAUUUGGCGGAUGGUUCGUGACGUCACAGUCUCUGUAUGGCAGCAGUAACUCUUCGUCAAGAAGACCAGCGCCGUACCCUCCACGGCCGCCGUCGCGUCCUAGAACUCUCUCUCCACCGUCAACUUACAGCAGUAGCGAGCGUAAUACAGUAGCAGCAGCUAACAGCAGCGGCAGUUACACCUGGGCUAGUAGCAGCGGUUAUUGGACAGCGCAAGGCGGUAGUUCCCCUCAACCGAAUGUCUCCCCCGCGCCCUACCGCACUCCGCCGCACGCGUACCCUGCACCCAUCGAGUACGCAUCGGCACCGCCAACGAGCAGUACGGCGCCUGCUACAGCACCUGCGCCGCUGUAUCCACUGCAGUACGACACUCCCCCUCAACACCACUCCCCGUACUAUCAGCAUGCGUAUGCGCCAUAUGCUCACCACACCAUCGAGGAUAUUUCGUAUUGGCCAAACGGUUUGAACAGCUACGGCUACCAACCCUCGGAAUAUGUGGGCACUGGUGAUGUAGCAUAUAGCACUGAGGGUAUGUCGUUUGGAUCUACAGGUCCUCCUUUAGAAGCGGCAACUGCUAACCAAAACGACCGGUCUACUCCGUCCGGCUCUGAACACCAAGUUGGUGAAAGAGAAUAUAAAUAUAACACUGAAGAAGAACGUCAUUCACCAUGUGAAGAAACCACGCUAACGCCACGUUCACCUACACAGUGACAAAAAUUUAAUAUAUUAAAAAAAUAUAUAUUAUUCUAUUACGACGUAUAAUUAUUUAUAUAAAUAAAAAACUAUGCAUAUGAUCGACUAGGAAACAUCCUUUGUAGAGUCGAUUAUGUGUUUUUUUGUUAAAUCUUUUUAGUGAAUUAAUACGAUUGUGACUCAUUAUCAUGUAUGUAUGUAUGUAUUGCUAAUUAUUCAUAUAGUGAAUACAGAUCUACUUUAAAAACUAUGUCUAUGAAAUCUUUAAAAUUUAAUUCCAGUUAUACAAAGUAGUAUUCUGUAAUGAGUUCCGAUCUCGGUGACACAGUCGUAGUUCAUAGGGCUGGGUUAACAGCUACCGUCGAGUCGAAACGAAAAAAAUUUUAUAUAAAAAUUAUUACAGACAAUAAGUAAAUAUAACACAAAAUUGACGUCAAAUAAUUCUACGUCAGAUAAUACUAAGUGUACUUAAAUAGAUGCGUUUAAAAUGUACAUGCAAAUAUACACGUGAUUUCGCUACUGUUUCCUCUGAUUAUUUUUUAGUAAAUCGAUGAGUAAUAAAUGAAAAAUUUUAAACUUAACGGUUUUCAAAGGCUAACGAAAUAGUUUAAACGAGCUUUUUAUUUUUACUUUCUUUAUAUCUACUAAGAUUUUCAUUACUGAAAACAAUGCUAGAUGAGUCAUCUUUAAUUAUAUUAAAUUGUAUAUAUUAGGUGAUUAGGUAAACAAUGAUACGUAUAUUUUUGUGUAAGUUUAUUAUGCUAUCCUCUUUUACAAUGGUUUUGUUCCGUGGUUAAUACAAAAACUUAUAGUAUUGUAAUUUUUAAGUUACUUAAAAAGUUUUGUGAUGAUGUAAAUAUACUUCUAACUAUUUAUUCAACGCCUUAUUGUUGUCGUAACAUAGAUAAAUAAUAAAAGAUGGAAGAUUAUUAAAAAUCGAGUUUAAUUUUGGUUUAGUUUUUUUAUUUUGUAUUGGUAUAAUAUAAGCAUAAACUAUGGUACUAAGUUUCGUUCUUAAUAAUAAAACAGAACUUUAUAGAAAAAUAUAAAAAAGCAGUAUAUAUUUAAAAAUAACUAUUUGUAAAAUAUAAACCGUUGACAUGUUCUAAAACGACUAUUUACAGAGAUAACGGAAUUUCUUACUCAUUCUCUUUGAAAUUUCUAUAAGGAGC